CAAUAUGGGUAAGACAAUGUCUUCAUCAUUAGACAACAAAACCCAUUACAAUAAUAAAAGAAUAAAGAAGAAGCUGGCUCUUGGAUCCAGAUCUUCUUUCCUUCUUCAUUAUCUAUAAACAAAAACAUGGGGUUUCCCCCUCUACAAUCCCAAUACACUUCCCUUAUUGUUCUUCUCCUCUCUCUUCAGCAAUGCCUGGAGGCUUAAGAAAUCGCUCACUUUCUGCCAGAUUCUCCUCCUUCACCUUAGUUCUCUCAAUAAACUCUCUCCUCCUCCUCUUCUUCUCCUCAUGUUGCUACUCCAUCGAUGACCAAGGCCAAGCUCUUCUUGCAUGGAAGAACAGUUUGAACAGUACAGGAGAUGUACUACUAGCAUCUUGGAGUCCUUUAGAUUCAAGCCCUUGCAAAUGGGUUGGUGUUCACUGCAACUCCAGAGGGGAUGUGGAGGAGAUAAGCUUGAAAUCUGUGGACCUGAAAGGCUCAUUGCCUUCAAAUUUUCAAGCUCUCAGGUCUUUGAAGGUUCUUGUCCUGUCAGCAACCAACCUCACAGGUUCUAUCCCAGGAGAAAUUGGAGACUAUGGGGAGCUUGUUUCUAUUGAUCUCAGUGGGAAUUCUCUCUCAGGUGAAAUACCAGAAGAUAUUUGCAGGCUGAGUAAACUCGAGAGUUUGUCUCUCCAUACAAACUUUCUUGAAGGUAAUAUUCCAUCCAACAUUGGGAAUCUCUCGAGUCUUGUGAAUUUGACGCUCUUCGACAACCAGCUCAGUGGUGAAAUCCCAAAGAGUUUGGGGUCCUUAAGAAGGCUUCAAGUUUUCAGAGCAGGUGGGAAUAAGAACCUUAAAGGUGAGCUGCCAUGGGAGAUUGGAAACUGCACCAGCUUGGUCAUGUUAGGCCUUGCAGAAACCAGCAUUUCUGGGAACCUUCCUUCUUCAAUAGGGAUGCUGAAGAACAUCCAAACAAUAGCUAUUUACACAACUCUCUUGUCAGGCUCAAUUCCGGAGGAGAUUGGGAAUUGCAGUGAGCUGCAGAAUUUGUACUUGUAUCAGAACUCUAUUUCGGGUCCAAUCCCACGUCAACUUGCAAACCUCAGAAAGCUUCAGAGUAUUCUCUUAUGGCAGAACAGUCUAGUGGGGACAAUCCCAGAAGAGCUUGGAAGCUGCACAGAGCUCAAAGUCAUAGACUUUUCAGAAAACCUCCUCACUGGAAGCAUACCAAGGAGCUUUGGGAUGCUUUCAAAUAUUGAAGAAAUCCAGCUAAGUGUUAACCAGUUGACAGGUACUAUACCUCCAGAGAUUACAAACUGCACUUCUCUGACUCAGUUGGAAGUUGACAACAAUGCUCUUUCUGGAGAGAUUCCUGCUCUUAUAGGAAAAUUGAAAAGCUUGAAUCUGUUCUUUGCAUGGCGGAACAAGCUCACUGGGAAAAUCCCAGAGAGUCUGUCUGAGUGCAAAGGUCUCGAGGCAAUUGAUCUGUCUUACAACAGUCUGAUUGGUUCAAUACCAAAAUCACUCUUUGGGUUGAGGAAUCUCACUAAACUCUUGCUUAUUUCCAAUGAACUAUCAGGCUUUGUUCCUCCUGAUAUAGGAAACUGCGCAAGUCUCUACAGGUUAAGGUUGAACGGAAAUAAAUUUUCUGGGUCCAUUCCAGCUGAGAUAGGAGACUUGAAGAACCUCAACUUCAUGGAUAUGAGCAGCAAUCAUUUUGUGGGGCAGAUUCCUUCAACAUUAUCUGGAUGCGAGAAACUUGAGUUUAUUGACCUUCAUUCAAAUUCUCUCACAGGUUCAUUCCCAGAGGCUCUCCCCAGAAGUCUUCGAUUGAUAGAUUUCUCAGAUAAUAGGCUCACUGGUUCGCUGAGUGGUACCAUUGGUUCAUUGAGUGAACUAACCAAACUCAAUCUGGGAAGGAAUCAACUCAACGGAAAAAUCCCAGAAGAGAUCUCAUCUUGUUCUAAGCUUCAACUUCUAGACCUGGGAAGCAAUGAAUUUUCUGGAGAAAUUCCAAAGCAAUUGGGUCAAAUCCCAUCAUUGGAAAUCUCUUUAAAUCUUAGCUUCAAUCAAUUUUCUGGCCAAAUCCCAUCCCAAAUCUCCGCUCUCACCAAACUGGGUGUACUUGAUAUCUCCCACAACAACCUCUCAGGGAACCUAAACUCUCUCUCUGACCUUCAAAAUCUUGUUUCGUUAAACGUCUCCUUCAACGACUUCUCUGGUGAAUUACCCGACACCCCAUUUUUCAAAAACCUGCCUUUAAGCGACCUCACCCCAAAUAAAGGCCUCUACAUAUCCGGCGCCGACGGUUUGACUCCGGUCGACGGAGUGGGACCCAGUAAAGUCCAUGCCAGAUCAGCAAUGAAGUUCAUCAUGUCCAUUCUCUUAAGCAUAAGUGCAGUACUUGUACUGCUCACAAUCUAUGCAUUGGUACGUUCUCAUAUUCAAAACAGGGCAAUCAUGGAAGAUAGCUCAUGGGAGCUGACUUUUUAUCAGAAGCUCGAAAUCUCCUCCAUUGAUGAUGUCAUCAAGAGCCUGACGUCAUCCAACGUGAUCGGCACAGGAAGCUCCGGGGUGGUGUACCGGGUAACAAUCCCCAACAGCUCCAUCGGCGAGCUGGCCGUUAAAAAAAUGUGGUCUUCAGAAGAAUCCGGAGCGUUCGAUUCCGAGAUUCGAACUCUGGGUUCAAUCCGACACAAGAACAUCGUGAGACUCCUGGGUUGGGGAUCCAACAAGAACAUCAAGCUCCUGUUCUACGACUACCUCCCCAACGGCAGCCUCAGCUCGAUGCUUCAUGGUUCCGGAAAAGGAAGUGCAGAUUGGGAAACCAGGUACGAGGUUGUGGUGGGUGUGGCUCACGCGCUAGCUUAUUUACACCACGAUUGCGUCCCUCCAAUACUCCACGGCGACGUCAAGGCCAUGAACGUCUUACUGGGCAACAGGUUUCAGGCUUAUCUCGCAGAUUUCGGCUUAGCGAGAAUCGUUAAUGAAAAAGACGACCCUCAUCAUCAUCAUUCUGAUCCUAAACCACUUCAUAAAACAUAUCUGGCUGGUUCUUACGGAUACAUGGCCCCAGAACAUGCAUCAAUGCAGAGAAUCACAGAGAAGAGCGACGUGUAUAGCUAUGGAGUGGUUCUUUUGGAGGUGUUAACUGGGAGGCACCCUCUGGACCCGACGUUGCCAGGUGGUGCGCACAUGGUUCAGUGGGUUCGGAACCAUUUAGCCAAUAAGGGUGACCCAUCUGAUAUAUUGGACCCAAAGCUCAGAGGCAGGGCUGACCCAGCCAUGCAUGAGAUGCUUCAGACUCUGGCUGUGUCCUUCCUAUGUGUCAGCACUAGGCCUGAGGAUCGUCCCACCAUGAAGGACGUCGUGGCUAUGCUCAAAGAAAUCAGACCUGUUGAUCAGUCCUCAAGGUUGGAUUCUGAUGAACUCAAGAAGAAGGCCAAGUCUUCCUUACAUGGCUCCCCCUAUCCAGUUCCACCACCUAAGCGCCUGCUCUCCCAUCAAUCUUCUAACUGUUCCUUUCAUUUCUCAGAUGACUCAAUCUGAAGAACCAAAAAAACAAAAUCAGAUUGAAUAAAUAAAUCAAAGUAAUUAUAAAUAAGUAUAUUGAUAUGCAAGAUAUAUUUUUGUUAGAUAUCUCCUAUGUAUGUUUUUAAGGUGCCGUCCUUGAAAUUAUGUAUGUAUGCCAAAGUGUAUUUGGGAAACAGCCUCUGACUUGUGAAAGUAGAGUGCUAGAGCUUGUGUAUCAAAAUCUUCAACCAUUAAAAAAGAAAAAAGUCUCAAGUAAAUUUGGAUUAA